AUAUGCGUCUUUGGGUUUUGACACUUGUUCAGGCACAUUUUGCCAUUCUUGCGGUUGCAGACACUACGGUGGCAGUUGAAGAAACCACUAAAGCUGCCAACGAAACAACGACACCUGAUGGUCCCCAUGCCGACUGCUUUCUCUGUGCUCCUACAGUACAAUGUGGAGAAACAGUUGAAGGAGACUAUUCAAGUGGAGAAGUUAAUGUACUUCUAAUGAAACCGAUGGAAGAUAACGACUAUUUUAUUGUGAAAGGAGAAGUAUUCCCGAAUGCUAUGAAAAUUUUCAUCGACAUCUACAAGGAUUUGUCAGUUGGAAAAGCUCAAGAAGGCGGAAACAAUCAGCCGAGACUUCUCACAUUCGAACACUAUUUCGACACAAAUUUGACGUUUUCUCGUUCCAAUUUACAUGGAGAAGGCGUUCCGGACUCUUUCCGUGAGGCAACAUUGCCAGAUGCUAUCAAACAAAAAAAACCAUGGACGCUGAUGUUUAAAAUGAAGGAUGGUUUGAGUGCAUUUGAAACCGGAGAUGAGACUGGAUGGUUCAACAAUGAUAUUCCAUGGAAUGGAACCGCCACAACUCAAUCCUUCAAUAUUCGAGGUGGAUGGAAGACUACUUCAAUUCAAUAUAUUUGUGUCAACAGUACCCUACCAAUUCUAUAGAAUGUGCGUUUUCAUAAAUAAAGCAUAAUUCCUUGU